GUGGUCGCCCUGGAGCCAGGUCCGCCGCACCAGGACGGGGACUCUGGAACACGAGAGAACAUGAUCACCUCCGGGACGAGCAGCUUACCGCAGACACCCACCCUCGUCGCUCGUUCUGCCACCUUCUGGCUCCUGCCGCUCAGGCAGUGCAUUGGGCAGCCCGGCGCCGUCUGCGCAGAAGGCCCCCAUCUGGGCGCGGGAGGCCCCAGAGGCGGGCGGUGGCGGUGGCGGUGGGCACCAUGUCGGUGAGCGAAAUGUUCAUCGCGCUGCAGGGCGUCCUCACGGCGGACCAGGACAUCCGCGAGGAGAUCCGGAAGGUGGUGCAGGUGCUGGAGCAGACGGCCCGGGAGAUCCUCACGCUGCUGCAAGGCGUGCACCAGGGAGCCGGCUUCCAGGACAUACCAAAGAAAUGUCAGAAGGCUCGUGAACACUUCAGCACAGUGAGAACACAGAUGGAAUCUCUGAAGACCAAAUUUCCUGCUGAUCAGUAUUACAGAUUUCAUGAGCACUGGAGAUUUGUGCUGCAGCGGUUGGUGUUUCUGGCAGCAUUUGUAGUCUACUUGGAAUCAGAAGCGUUAGUGACCCGAGAAGCUGUUGCAGAAAUACUUGGGAUUGAAGCUGAUCGAGAGCGAGGCUUUCACCUGGACAUUGAGGACUAUCUUUCUGGUGUAUUAACUCUCGCCAGUGAGCUGGCCAGGCUGGCAGUGAACAGCGUCACAGCUGGUGACUAUUCUCGCCCUCUCCGCAUCUCAACUUUUAUCAAUGAGCUGGACUCCGGCUUCCGCCUCCUCAACCUGAAGAACGACUCCCUGCGGAAACGUUAUGAUGGCCUCAAGUACGACGUCAAGAAAAUCGAGGAGGUGGUGUACGACUUGUCCAUCAGAGGACUCAAUAAGGAGGCAACGGCUGCGGCAGGGGCAGAGAAAUGAAGGCUGCUCAUUUCAAUGACAACAUCAUCGAUUACCUCAGAUGGUUGCCAAUUUAGGAAGCAUGCUAGCGAAGCCUUCCAGCAGUAGUUUAGUGGAACUGCAGCUGAAAGCUGCUCUCUAUUUUCUUACAAGAGGUGUAGUACGGGUGUUAGACCUUCAAAAUGUUUUGUAAAAUCAUGCCUAGAUUAGGGCAGGAGGCUCUGUUUCCAGUGGAACUCCUCUGUCAGAACCCACGGUGCCAUUCUGUGCACUGCAGCAGUAGCACUCAGUAACUCCUGUGAGCUGAAAUUCUUGUUAGGUCUAUAGUGGUGCUUCACUGCUCUGGCAGGGUUGUGCUCCAGCCGUCUCUGCUCACGGCCCCUUCAAGACGUGUGCACAGCACACAGCUGGGUGCAGAUCCAUGUGAUGGUUUAGAAGAUGCAGUGUGUAAAUAUAUAUGCUUUUUUUAAGACACAGAUUUUCUUUUUUUUCUUUCUGUUUCUUACAUUUCCACUUAUAGCAGUAAAUGGAAUGGAUUUGCAGAACUGUUUAUUAACCAGAUCUUUUGCAGUGGUUUCUGUUAAUGCAUCUCCCUUAACUGAGAAAUUAGUGAACGUGCUCUGAGAAUUUUUCUAUUGGAACUGGUCUAGUACACCCGGGCACAUUUCUCUCUCUUCCCCUUUCUCUCUCCCUUUCUCUUCCCCAGAUAUAUUUCUGUUGCCAGAGAAAGCAAGACUUUGUUGAGCAUCUGCUUUCAGUGGCUGGUAUUUGUUUUACUGCCACGAGUAAACGCUGAGUUUUAACAUGAUCAUUUGCCUUGAGAACUCAGUGUAACCAAUGUUUAUUUUUUUAACUACCAAGUGUUAGCUGACAAACUGCAGAGAGCAUCUCAGUUUUAACAAUCUGCAUAGGACACAGCUGCAUCCGUAUCCUGGGAUUAAAAACAAUCCCAUUCCACAGCUGUAAUUCCUGCAGUAAAAGAUUUGUAUCUUCAGAAAUGGGAAAUCACUAGGUUCAGAUAUUUUGCAUGUAAGAUGUUUGCAAACACCAGCAGCCUCUUCUGUGUAAGUGGACACUCCUUCCUCACUGUGUGUUUCUUGUCCUGAAUCACUUUGAGUGUUGACAUUACUUCUGGUGGUGCAGGAGGGUUAAGGAUUAAAGAUAACUUCUCUAGGAGGAGGGGUAUUUCCAGAGGAUGAACACAAGCAGUCAGGUCUGUGUGGGGUUUGUUAGCGUUUCAUUUUGUUGGCAAAGACUUACCGUUGUUUCAGUUAGGGCUUUGUUUCUUGAAAGAAAAUAAAAGCUGUUCUUGGAUUUGGGCCAUUUGGUAA